UCCCGGCCGCCAGGCCACCGCGCCCCCUGGCCGGGCGCGUCCUUUCGGGGCCCAGGCUGUGCUACCCACUGAGAUUACGGAGCCCCUGGGCAUUCGUGAACCGACGGGCCUCCGGUAAACCGCCCCCCAGCUUCGUCAGCGCCACAGCAACAUCCUCAGAGCCUGAGCGAACUGCGCCCAGCGGCGGGCACAGAGCCUCCCACCGCCAGCAACCUGCGGCCCGGGAGAAGAGCCAGCGCAGUGACAGCGCCUCACCGCCACCAGUCCCCAGACCACCAUGGCCAAGAACCGCAGGGACAGAAACAGUUGGGGUGGAUUUUCAGAAAAGACAUAUGAAUGGAGCUCAGAAGAGGAGGAGCCGGUGAAAAAGGCAGGACCAGUCCAAGUCCUCAUUGUCAAAGAUGACCAUUCCUUUGAGUUAGAUGAAACUGCACUAAAUCGGAUCCUUCUCUCAGAGGCUGUCAGGGACAAGGAGGUUGUUGCUGUAUCUGUUGCUGGAGCAUUUAGAAAAGGAAAAUCAUUCCUGAUGGACUUCAUGUUGAGAUACAUGUACAACCAGGAAUCAGUCGACUGGGUUGGAGAUUACAAUGAACCAUUGACUGGUUUUUCAUGGAGAGGUGGGUCUGAACGAGAGACCACAGGAAUCCAAAUAUGGAGUGAAGUCUUCCUUAUCAAUAAACCUGAUGGCAAGAAGGUUGCAGUGCUAUUGAUGGAUACUCAGGGAACAUUCGAUAGUCAGUCAACUCUGAGAGAUUCAGCUACAGUAUUUGCGCUUAGCACAAUGAUCAGCUCAAUACAGGUAUAUAACUUAUCCCAGAAUGUCCAGGAGGAUGAUCUUCAGCACCUCCAGCUUUUCACUGAGUAUGGCAGACUGGCAAUGGAGGAAAUAUUCCUGAAACCAUUUCAGAGUCUGAUAUUUCUUGUUCGGGAUUGGAGUUUCCCAUACGAAUUUUCAUAUGGAGCUGAAGGUGGCUCCAAAUUCUUGGAGAAACGCCUCAAGGUCUCAGGGAACCAGCACGAAGAACUACAGAAUGUUCGAAAACACAUCCAUUCCUGUUUCACCAAAAUUUCCUGUUUUCUGCUACCUCAUCCUGGCUUAAAAGUAGCUACCAAUCCAAACUUUGAUGGAAAACUGAAAGAAAUAGAUGAUGAAUUCAUCAAAAACUUGAAAAUACUCAUUCCUUGGCUACUUAGUCCUGAGAGCCUAGAUAUUAAAGAGAUCAAUGGGAACAAAAUCACCUGCCGAGGUCUGGUGGAGUACUUCAAGGCUUAUAUAAAGAUCUACCAAGGUGAAGAAUUACCACAUCCCAAAUCCAUGUUACAGGCCACAGCAGAGGCUAACAAUUUAGCGGCCGUGGCAACUGCCAAGGAUACAUACAACAAAAAGAUGGAAGAGAUUUGUGGUGGUGACAAACCAUUUCUGGCACCUAAUGACCUACAGGCCAAACAUCUGGCGCUUAAGGAAGAAUCUGUGAAGCUAUUCCGAGGGGUGAAGAAGAUGGGUGGGGAGGAAUUUAGCCGGCGUUACCUGCAACAGUUGGAGAGUGAAAUAGAUGAACUUUACAUCCAGUAUAUCAAGCACAAUGAUAGCAAAAAUAUCUUCCAUGCAGCUCGUACCCCAGCCACACUGUUUGUUGUCAUCUUUAUCACUUACGUGAUUGCUGGUGUGACUGGAUUCAUUGGUUUGGACAUUAUAGCUAGCCUAUGCAAUAUGAUAAUGGGACUGACUCUUAUCACCUUGUGCACCUGGGCAUACAUCCGCUACUCUGGGGAAUACCGAGAGCUGGGAGCUGUAAUAGACCAGGUGGCUGCAGCCUUGUGGGACCAGGGAAGUACAAAUGAGGCUUUAUACAAGCUUUACAGUGCAGCAGCAACCCACAGACAUCUGUAUCAUCAAGCUUUUCCUGCGCCAAAGUCAGAAUCUACUGAACAAUCAGAAAAGAAGAAAAUUUAAUCCAAAUUUUUAGAAGUACAGGUGCAUGACCAAUUGUCAGUUAAAUAUUCAGUUUUAUGUCUCCAUGCAAACAUUCAAAGUGCUUCUAUGAGGACAGAGUAAAAUACCAAGCUCCUCUGAAAAUUUCAAAAUGGUUUAGUUCUUUUACUUCAGUGUUUAAUAAGCAGAUGUAUGUAUGCAUGGUUAUAUCAUUUUUGUUAACAUGUACAGUUUCUUAGUUUUGUCUUCAGAUAUGCUGUUAUAAUUUAAAGUGUUUGUCUAUUUAGGAUGACAGUACACAUGUUCUGCUUGAAUUUACUAAAUUCUACUACUGGGUUAUAAUUAAACCAUGUAGUAAUAUUACUCCUUGUUUGGAUAUGCUCAUUUAAUUUCUACAGAAUUUUUAAAUUAUUUCACAUAGUCAUCCAUUUAAGCAUAGCAUAACAACUCAACAGGCUUGAUUCAAUCUGUAUCAUCUUAUAUAUACCAUGAGCUUUUAUUUUUAAAGACACUUGAGAGCUUUUCAGUUGCUUUAUCAAAAACUAAAUACUGCUUCUUUUAUAUUAUGAUUUAAUAUAGAAUAUAAACUUCUUGAUCAAAAAUGCACAAAAAAUCACUUUGUAUAUGUACUUGAGUUUCACUGCAUUGUAUAUUUUUUCAUUUGGUACACAAAGAAAUGUAUUCUUCAUAGGUUUAUUCUUUUAACAUGUGACCUAUUAUUAAAGUUUACUCUGGUUCCUAAUAUUAAAAACAAAUACUGAAUUUGGAAA